UUUUCUCCAAUUAUGAAUUACUUGUUGCUGGUUGUGGCGCUUGCUGUUGGCUGCUCCGCUGAUUUCGGCUCUUCCGGACAAAACGGAAUUAUCAAUGCACAUAACACUCUGCGGUCUAAAAUUGCAAAAGGUACCUACGUGGCAAAAGGAACUCAGAAAUCGCCGGGAACAAAUCUGUUGAAAAUGAAAUGGGAUUCCGCAGUCGCCGCAUCCGCCCAAAACUACGCAAACGGGUGUCCGACGGGACACUCUGGAGAUGCAGGCCUUGGGGAGAAUUUGUAUUGGUAUUGGACAAGUGGAUCUCUGGGAGACCUCAAUCAAUAUGGAUCUGCUGCGUCGGCAUCAUGGGAAAAAGAAUUCCAAGAUUACGGAUGGAAGUCUAACCUUAUGACUAUCGAUCUCUUCAACACAGGAAUCGGACACGCGACUCAAAUGGCGUGGGCGAAAUCCAACCUGAUCGGAUGUGGAGUCAAGGAUUGUGGAAGAGACUCAAACGGCCUGAACAAAGUAACCGUCGUGUGCCAGUACAAGCCGCAAGGAAACUUCAUUAAUCAAUACAUCUACGUAUCGGGAGCAACCUGUUCCGGCUGUCCAUCAGGAACGUCAUGUGAGACUUCCACAGGGCUCUGCGUCUAAACUUUAAUAAUGCAAUGUGUUUUCAAACUUUCUGUAGAUAAUAAAUAAAAUUGUGUGCUAGUUG